GUCCUUAUUUGGGCAGGCCUCGUGACGCAAUAGAGAAUGUGAAUGUUUUCAUGCUAAUGAGGUUGUAAGAUCGAGCUCCGCGCGGUUGUAGUAAGGCAUGCGCAGUGUCGCAGUAAGAAAUCACCGAGGAGUGAAAGUUUUGCGUUUGUGAGGUGAGCUCGUCUCUUUUUUCUCCUUCAUAUCCGCGUGUUUUCCUACAUAUGUAUCAUGAAGAGUCCUGAUUAUGGGGGGCGUGCGGUUGGGAAGUUGAGGGGUGUGUUGGCGCGCGUGUGGAAAAGAGAGACGCUUUUUUUUUUUUGGAGGAAGCAGGGGGGCAAGGUGCUCGUGGGCGUACAACAAUGGGGACAGCGUGCGUGGAGGGAGCGCGUGCGCGGGGAUUUAUCGCGUGGGGAUGCAGCGAUUUCCCACGUUUGGAGUCUUUAAAAGUGAAGAGAAGCUUGUUCGUCCCCACGAAUGGGUCUCAGGGGUCCCGAGUGUCUGCGCUGUGAUGUGUCGUGAAGCUGAAGCCGGUCGUCUCCCCCCUCCCUCCCGACAUGUUCGGCUUCCACAAGUCCAAGGUGUUCCGGAGUCACGAGGGCUGCUGCAUCUGCAAAACCAAGUCGUCGAGCUCGCGCUUCACGGACAGCAGCCGCUACGAGGAGAACUUCAGACCGUGUUUCGGGCUGGCGGAAGAUCGAUUUGGAGACAUCUGCAAUGCUUGUGUCCUUUUAGUGAAGCGGUGGAAGAAGUUACCAGUUGGGUCUAAGAAGAACUGGAGCCAUGUGGUGGAUGCUAGAGCAGGUCCUGGCUUCAAAAUAACCAAACCGAAGAAGAUGAAGAGCAGUGAUGGGAAGAAGAAGAGCAAACUGAAGAGGCUACACAAACUGAAGAGACAAAACUCGGAUGCCCACAGUACAACCUCCAGCACGUCGCCCUGCCAGUCCCCCAGCUACAGCAACCAGUCGGAUGACGGCUCAGAUAUUGAGGCCAAGCAGACGCGCUCCACACCCUCGCUGUUUUCUUACCUUGACCUCAGCUACUGGAAACGGCAGAAAGUGUGCUGCGGCAUUAUCUACAAGGGCCGCUUUGGUGAAGUGAUGAUCGAUCCACGUCUCUUCAAGCCCUGCUGCAGCUCCAAGAAGCAGGAGGCACCCCCACCAGAGCCUCACCCUGCCCCACAGCCAGAGGACCUGAAAGAGAGCUGGUGAUUGACCAGGGCCAGUCCCACCCAACCCAACCCAACCCAACCCAACCCAGUGAGGUCUCCUCAGAAACUUAGUUUUGUCUCCAGUGGCAGACUCCCUCACCCCCUUCAUUAGUUUACUGUAUACUGAGUAGAGAUGAAUUUUUCCCUUUAUUAUAUUUCUUUUUGUACAAUGAACUUCCUUGUCUUCUGAGAAAAAAAGGAACAAGCUGUUUUUAAAGUAUGGGCAUUAUCAAAAUAUUUAUAAGGCCAGGAACCAUAAUUAUUGUAUCUACCCUUAACAGGCAGAAUAAUUUUUUACUUAUUUCAGACUGUAAAAAUUCUUUUUGUAUUGCCAAUACCUGCAUUUGUAAAUAUGUUUUAUGCCAGUGGAUUGUAUGCCUCCUGUUGGUGGUGUGUUUUUGGUUCUUCGUAGUGCGGCCUGGAUAAAGAAGGUUGCUCUAUGUACCCAUGCAGAAUUCAGUGCUGUCUCUCAAGCCAGUUAAUUGGAGUGGUGGGAUCAUUUAUUAUUGAAAGCAGUAUUGUAUGGCAUCAUUGGAAAAGUGCUUGUUUUUCCCAUCUCACUUAAACAUUGAGUUUUGGCAUCUACCUUCCUCCCCCUCUAAUUCUCAUACCAGGCAAAUGGUUCCUUCACCAUGAGAAUCAGUAUGGGAAUGCUGGGAGUGCAUUCCUAAGACCUCUCUUUCUUGUUGUCUCAGGAAAAAAUAUUUCUGUUCAGACUGUUACAAUAUGUAACAAUAUGUCAAGUACAUUUCAGUGAUCACUUGUAGUGCAGGCAGUUUAGACUGAUUUGGGAUGCAAUGUAACUUUAAUACGGGUGUUUUUUGAUAUGAUGGGCAAUAUGCAGAAAACCAGUCCUGUAUUUGUCAUCUUGCUUCUGAAAAUAAAUUUAUUAAAAUAAGUAGUCUUCCAUUAAACUAAUGUAGAGAUGUGUGACAGCUGUACAAAAUCUUGGAAUAUAUGUCAAAAUAUUGCACACAGCUCAUGGCUAAAGAUUUAUUUUAUACUCUAUAUAAUCAUUUGCUUGGUUUUGUUUUUUUUAGUUCACUGGAAGUUUUUGUACUAUUUCUUGCAAAACUCAUACAUUCUGCUGUGGUGUCUUCAAGUCCUCAUGAUUAUAGAAGUGCCAUAUUGUGCACUUCAGAUAAAUACGCCUGACUCUAGAGCUGCAGUAAGACCUUGUAAAUGUGCCCAUUUGCAUGUUGUACAGCUGUGAAUUUAAUCUAUUCAUAAAUUUCUCUGCUGACCGCAAAUGAUUUCAGUGUGAAAUUUAAACUUCCCAAGUGUUUUCAAGGAAGGGAAACUACCUAAAAUCCAAAAUUAUUCUUUGAGAGUGAAUAUACUCUUAUUUAUUUGAAUUAAAUGUAGAGUGGUAAUCAUCUCUAAUGCUUAAUCUUCUCAUAUUAACUACUGAGAAAUGAAGUUAAUAAAUCAGCUAGUGCUAAUUACUCAAGAGCUAACAGCUUAAUGUUUUGGUGUAGAAGUGAUUUAAGUUAUUUUGAAAAGCUUCCAAUGAUUCUGAACCAGGCUUUGAGACAGUAAAAUGAUGACAGUGUAGCCAAGGUCUCAUUCUUCAUUUUAAUUUAUUUUUUUCUUUUUUUGUGACACUGGUCUGGUAAGAACUGUUUUGUUGGAGUUAGUAAUCCAAAACAGCUACAGUAUAUUAGGCAUAUCUCCAAUGUCAGACAAAUCCACGUAUCUUGCACCAGCAGUGCACGCUGCCAUGUAUUUCACUGUGUAUUUAAUUUCAGAACGUGUUUGUAUAAAUAUGAAUGGGAUGCUGGAAAAAUGACCCAUUUUCAGCUGCAUUUAAAUCACUUUUUAGAUGGAUUUUAACACUACAUCACCACCUGUACUAUAAAAGCGGGUAACGUUUGAAUUUAAUAAAUAUUAAAAAGUGCUAAUCAGUCUGCAGUAUGGAACUAUUUUGGUUGGCUUGAUGGUCAAUUCUUAUAUUAAUCACAUGGUACAUUUUCUGAUAUUAAUGCAAUAAUGUGCAUUAAUUAUUUGAAAUUUGCCGUAUAACUUCCCAAUGACUUUACAAGUGUCUCCCAUUU